UUUAGGUUCUGGGUUUGCUUUAAAGGUACAACACAAGCAGAGGCAAAAACAUUUCAGUCGUCAGAUUCCUGCUGCUGCCACCCUUAUACAGUGUGCCUGGAGGCUAUAUGCAUCAAAUCAGGAUGGCUUCAAAUCAGAAGCCACAUGGAAAAUCCACUUAGCGCCCCCAACACCCAGCUUGCAACAAUCCGUGCCUAACCAAAUAUCAGGGGUCAUGAACUCCGUCAAACCUCACCUCGCGUUGAAGCGGCGGAAAAGCUCCAAGCUAAGCCUCAAGGAGGCGCUCCUGCCAACUACGCUCCUCGAACUGUGCGAGCAGCCGACGUCGGCUCCGAACCAGAAUUCAAAUUCCAAUGCCUCCUCUCCGCCGGCGGAUAAGAUAUCGCCGUUAAUCGCCGGUGGGGUUGCCUGUAACUUGGCUGGAUCGGUUGCAGUGGCGGCAGCGGGUGCCGGCGGCGACAUGGUUUGCUACAUGGAAGAACCGACUGCAGGAAACCCCAAUAGGAAAAGAGCGGUCGAGUUGUCGGUCUCGGACAGCUCGCAGAAAACAAUGAGAAUGGGAGAUAUUAUUUGCCUUGAUGCCCACGACGAGAGUGAUAACUAUAGCCUUCCCUAUGUGCCUGAAACAAUAACCACACUCACAGAUGCCCAUAAAAAUGCAAUUCGUGCAAUAAGAAAAAUUAGGUAUUUUGUCGCAAGGAGAAAAUUCCAGCAAGCUAGAAAACCAUACGAUGUCAGAGAUGUCAUAGAGCAGUACUCACAGGGCCACCUAAACAUGAUGGUCCGAAUCAAAGAAUUACAGAGAAGAAUCGAUACUACGUUAGGAAAACCAGGAUCAAUGCUUUUUGGAGACAGAAAGCGGCAAACAGUUGUUGCAAGAGUUGCUGUAGUGGAACAAAAUAUUCAAUUGAUGGAUCGGAAGCUGGACAAGUGUAUGCAACUCUUGAAUAUCCUGGUUGACCGGACCACACCCCAACCCGUGAGGAGACCAAAGCCUUCCAGUAAGACAACAACGUCAUCAUCUUCCUCAGAGGACGAAGAUGAGGAGGAUAGUUCUAGACGGGCAGCGAGCGGUAGCACUGAUACGUAAAGGGAGAUGUCUCCAACGUCCCGGAUAGGCAGUUUCUCAGGUUUUGCAGUUUGGCCAUUCCAUACGUAGAUGUUUGAAUGGAGUGCCUCAUUACUCGCAGAUGCUGUCUUCAAGGAAAAUGGCUUGAAGGUUACUGCUAGACAGAAGCUCAGGUUGAACAGGAUGGGAUGUACUUGUCAAAAAUGUCAGAUCAGUGAAGAUCGCUGUGACUCCAGCUUUUGCAGUUGCUGUCUUCAAGGAAAAAAGCUCGACGGUAACAGCUAGAGAGAAGAUUAGGUUUAUACCACUCAAAGCUGUUUAGUGAAGAUCAGUUUGGUCCCAUUUUCCAGAUACUGUCUUUGAGGAAAGUGGCUUGAAGUUUCCUGUUAGAUGGUGGUUCGAGUGAAGAUCAGUUAAAAUGGGCUCAUCUCUUGCAGAUACUGUCUUUUUGAGGAAAAUGGUGUAAAGGUUGCAGCUAGACACAAGCCAGAGUUUUGCAGAUGGGUGUACUACCAUAGCUGUCUGGUGAAGAUCGCUUGGGUCCCCAGCAUCUCUUGCUGAUACUGUCUUUGGAGAAAAUGGCUUGAAGGUCACAGUUACCCAGUAUCUCGCUUUUUGCAGUUGGGAUAUGUUCUAUCCAUAUCUGUCUGGUGAAGAUUGGUCGCAUCCAAUCUUCUGAUGCUCUCCUCAAGGAAGGCAUGGGUGUUCCUGUUGAACAGUGGAGUGGGCUUUACAGAUAUUGCUGUAGUAGUAUCUGGUAAAGAUCAUAAUUCUUUGCUGAUGCUAUCGUCUCUGAAAAAUCAUGUUGACUAUCAAGGGCAAUCUAGGAUUAACACCAAUGUCUAGAUAGAUGGAAACAUGCAAAGUUCUUAAUCCAUGCACCUUCAGAAGCACUUCACAUUCCAAAAGAAUUGUGACUGCUCAACAGUCACUUGCUGUUGGCUGCAGGAUGACCUUGUGAAUUGCUGCUAGUUCCCAUCCUUGAGCCAAGACAGAAAGCUUUUGGAGUACAAAGAACCAUAAUCAGUACACCACUAGAGGUUUAUACGAUGUCUUCAGAGAAGUUUGUUGUGUGACAGCAACCAAAUAAAUGAUCGGUAGAUAGUAAGCUUCAUGUAUGCAUUAUUACAGAGUCUCACAUGCAAAUAAAAGAUCUUCAUGGCCUUUAUAGAGUGAUAUGCAUUGCAUUGAAUGUACCUGUAUGUGUAAAUAAAGCCCCAUCUUAUUCACCAUCACUAAGUCAUACAUUCCAUGUAAGGCACCUUGACAAGUCUGCAAGAAUCCCACUCAGCAUUUUUCGUCACUAGUCCUCCCAUUUCAGCAUAAAAAAAGAAAUGGAGAAUGCAGGGAAUCUGCAGAGAGAAAGAGAGAGAGGCUGGACAGAAUUCCUACUGAAAGAUGCGGUGUAGACUUUGUCAUGAAACCUUAAUAGCUUUAAGUGCAGGCACAGAAAAAGGCCAGGAUUUCUUAAGGAUGUAGCUGCCAAAGCCCAUAGCCACUUGAUGACUAGAUUCCUGCAGCAAUCGCUCUUGUCUGGAUGUCUCUUAACACAUAGUGUAGGGUUCUUUUGUGGUAAGAGUUGUUGCAGUGUGAUCUGACAUAUAUGAUGCAGGUUAAUGUAGAAACUACCGCCUCUGGCUCCUCAUCCUUUUUUGGUGGCAGCGGUGGGAUGAUUACAUAGUGGGCAGUGCGAUUAGGGGAGGGUUUCAUGAAGCAUUUGCUCUGAGCCAAUCAGAUGCAAGGAUUUUGAAGGAUGUAGCUGCCAAAGCCCAUAGCCACUUGAAGACUAUACAUGUGUUCCUGCUGCAUUGGCUCCUAUCUCGAUGUCUCUGAACACAUAGGCCUGUAUUCUGAACUCAGGUUUAAAUUAAACCCUGGUUUAAAGUUGUGGUUUAACUAUGGAGAGCCAAUUGGAGCACAAACCCUUACAGUACACGUUCAAUAUAUAUUAUUAACUCCUAUGACACCCAAAUUGUUCAUAAUUGUCUGGGAAUGAUAACUGAAGUACUUUUCUUCAUUAUGAUAGCAAAAGGAAACAAAAUAGUAAACAUGAGAAAUAUACAAUAUAAACAGAAUUUUUGAACUUUUGGCUCCCCAUAAUUUUACCACAGAGUUAGACCGUGGUCUAAGUUAAACCUGACUUCAGAAUACGGGCCAUAGUGUAGGGUUCUUUUGUGGUAAGAAUUGUUGCAACAUGAGCUGACAUAUGUGAUGCAAGUUAAUGCGGAAACUACCGCCUUUGGCUCCUUGUCCUCUUUUGGUGGCAGCGGUGGGAUGUUACAUAGUGGGCAGAGUGAUCAGGGCAGGGUUUCAUGAAACACCUUGUCAAGGAUAUUAACUCACAAAUUUGCCCUGAGCCAAUCAGAUGCAAGGAUUUCAGUAGCUUAUAACACUUGUCAGUGAAAAUCAUUAACUGUAGAAUUCAGCAAGAUAGCUGUCAAGGAACAUAUGCAAUUUAGAAUGAUACAUAGUUCUUCAUCAAAUUCAAACUAAGUGUUUGAUCAUGUUUUCAAACUGUGCCAUAACUAUACCAUAACAAUCAGCUUUAUUUUUCAUCAUUCUCGAAAAAAAUAAAUUUAUGGAUGAAAUUGUGAUCAAACUUACUUGGUGUACUUGAUUAACAAUGAAUCCAUCAAAGCUUUUGUACACGCAGGCCAGUUGUCCAGCAAGUUCAUAAAAGGGUACAUAUUUCUUUUAAUAAUGUCGAGUCAGCCUACCAUUUAUAUUCAAUCUAUAUAUCAAUUUAUAUCAAAUACACUAUACUUAAACAAAUAGUUGUACUACAUAAGAUGUGUGGGUUUAUGGGGGGGUUGCAAAACAUAAAUAUGUACUUUACAUUUGAUACUUUCACUGUGUUUGUUAAGUAAUCCAAGAAUGAUUUUAAUCACAUUUGUAUGGCGUAAGUGACGUUUGGUAAUGUUUUCCCCCGAGUUUAGGUUUUCUUCAUCCUGACAUUUAAUUACUUGCAAUAAUUUUUUUUUUUCAAUAUUUGAUCACAUUUAAUCACAUUUCUAUGGCGUAAGUGACAUUUGGUAAUGUUUUCCCCCGAGUUUAGGUUUUCUUCAUCCUGACAUUUAAUUACUUGCAAUAAUUUUUUUUUUCAAUAUUUUGAUCACAUUUAAUCACAUUUCUAUGGCGUAAGUGACAUUUGGUAAUGUUUUCCCCCGAGUUUAGGUUUUCUUCAUCCUGACAUUUAAUUAUAUACAAUAAUUUUUUUUUCUUCAAUAUUUUGACCAAGGUUCCAACUAAAGUCUUAAUUUCAUUUGGUAUGGCCUCGCUUGAAUAAAAAUAUACUAGGGUGCUUGUUGAUAGGAUUUGAUGAGAUAUGAUACAAACCACAUUUUUGCAUAAGAUAUCUUAACCAUGUUGACUCAAAUUUUCAUAUUCAAGGGUUUAUUAGGAAUAAAACAGAAAAAAAUCUUGCUUCCAAUUUUUCAAAAUUGAACAAAAACAUUUUGUGAUUAUACCUGCAACAAACGAUGUCUUCUGAGAGAGAGAAAAAAUGAAUAUGAUAAAAAGUACAUGUACAUACCUGCUUUACCUAGCAUUGUUUACUGUAAGGGUUCUUUUGAUUGGUUUGGUUUGGUUUUAUUUCGCGUAUAAAAAUCACAACGAAGUACAUUAUAC